AUGACUAUGUACUGCCUCCCGUAUUGGGGGCACCAUGCCCCAAAUGUCACUUGCUAUGGGGCCCCAGCCAAAGAUGGCUCCUGUGUUGUCUUGGGGCAUCUCCUUCUCCCACUCUGCUCUGUUUGCAAACAAGGGGGAGGUGUCCAUAGAGACAGCCUUGAUGUGACCGGGGGGGGGGAUGCGCCCGGCCGGACCCCCUCACCUCCGAAGCAGCCAUGUGCAGCUGAGCGCAUUAAGGGCCGCAUCUGGGUCCGGAUGAGCGCCUGGCUGGAUUGCGACCCACCCGCUGCUCCUCACAGUACCCCCGCCCCCAAAGCAGACGGGCCUGGGCGGGUCUUCAAGCCUGUCCUCGCUUGGCACGUGUCGAGCAAGUUGCGGGUUCUCCCCGUCGGGGAUCGGGGUGCUGGGACUCUCAGGCGCCGCUUCCGACGGGAGACCCCCGGCCAGCCCCCUAAAGGAAAGAACCCAGGAGUUCCGGCUCUCCCUCUCCAGCACCUCCGCCGGGUGGACAGCGCUGCGUUGACGUCACUCCCCUCCCCCAUCGGAAGCCUGGCCUGGACUCGGCCUGGCCGGGAUCCCCUUCACGACGACGCCGGGAGGGAAGCGCUGCUGGCUGUGGGUGCCGAGCGGGGCCCCACAAAGGGCCGGAAGGCGGCAGAGAUGGACCCCGGGGUCACAUCAACGGAAACAAGCCCAACUAGUAGGACUAGUUCUUCCAAAUCUGAGGAAUCAUCCAGCGCAGGAACAUCUUCCCCGUCAACGUUGUCUGCCUCCUCCACUGUGACCACUGGAAGUGAACCCUCAACUCAGAGUACAGCAGGAGAUAGUACAGCAGCAGACACUACUACUCCGCAGGCAGUGACCUCAGCUUCUUCUACCUCUGAGGAAUCAUCCAGCGCAGGAACAUCUUCCCCGUCAACGUUGUCUGCCUCCUCCACUGUGACCACUGGAAGUGAACCCUCAACUCAGAGUACAGCAGGAGAUUCCUCAACUCAGAGUACAGCAGGAGAAACCACUACUCUGCAGGCAGUGACGUCACCUACUCAGAGUACACCAGGAGAUACCACUACCCCGCAGGCAGUGACGUCACCUUCUUCUACCUCUGAGAAAUCCUCAACUCAGAGUACAGCAGGAGAUACCACUACUCCGCAGGGAGUGACCUCCGCGUCUUCUACCUCUGAGCAACACUCCACCCAGAGUACAGCAGGAGAAACCACUACUCUGCAGGCAGUGACGUCACCUUCCUCAACUCAGAGUACAGCAGCAGACACUACUACUCUGCAGGCAGUGACGUCACCUUCUUCUACCUCUGAGGAAUCCUCAACUCAGAGUACAGCAGGAGAAACCACUACUCUGCAGGCAGUGACGUCACCUAGUACAGCAGCAGACACUACUACUCCGCAGGCAGUGACCUCAGCUUCUUCUACCUCUGAGGAAUCAUCCAGCGCAGGAACAUCUUCCCCGUCAACGUUGUCUGCCUCCUCCACUGUGACCACUGGAAGUGAACCCUCAACUCAGAGUACAGCAGGAGAUACCACUACCCCGCAGGCAUCCUCAACUCAGAGUACAGCAGGAGAAACCACUACUCUGCAGGCAGUGACGUCACCUUCUUCUACCUCUGAGGAAUCAUCCACCGCAGAAUCUUCUCCUCUGUCAACCUUGCCUCCCUCUUCCACUGUGACCACUGCGACUGAAUCCUCAACUCAGAGUACAGCAGGAGACAACACUACUCCGCAGGGAGUGACCUCCGCGUCUUCUACCUCUGAGGAACACUCCACCACAGGGACAUCUUCUUUGUCAACCACUGCAACUAAAUCCUCAACUCAGAGUACAGCAGGAGAUACCACUGCCCCGCAGGCAGUGACGUCACCUUCUUCUACCUCUGAGGAA